AUGGACGCCGGCUUUUUCAGUAAGAUAAGGAGUAACUACAGUCAGAAAUUGGCCAAUAUUUCCUUCCGGAACUCGGAACAUGACGGGAAUACACCCGAUGAGACCCUUAUCCACAAUGCAUUUGUUAGGUACUAUGAUAAACGGCAAUUGCCUUAUCCUGAAUGGCUCGGAGUUAAGCAACAAGCUGGUGGCGCUACUGUUGGUGGUUCAUUAUAUCCUAAUAGCUCUGGCUACUCGCAAUAUUCCAGUUCUCCGUAUCAACCAGUGAGAGCUUCAACUGCUGAUCCUCAGCCAUUGCAACAAUAUCUGCAACAACGACCUCCCAUACAAGAAACACAACUGGACCAAAGAGUUUCCUAUACAAGACCAAGUCGGUUAACAGAUAUGUACAACAAAUCCCGAAGUAGUAAUAAUAUUCAUGGACAGCAACGAACACUGACUGGAGGUGGUCAAAAUACAACUGCUAUAUCUGCUUCUAAAAUCAGAGAACGAAUGUAUAGUAAUUCCUCAGCAUCAUGGAAAAGAGAAUGA